UGUUACGUGGUUUAUUGAGCAGAUUUCACUGCUACGUCAGAAACAGACCUCUCCUUUAGGUAGCUGGUCGGACAGGCUAGCGAUUAACAACAGCUGGUGGAAAAAUGGCCACCGCUACCAUGGCCGGGACGGGGAGUGAAGCGCACAGGAUGGAGGCCAAGAAAUUUGAGUAUUUUUCUUCUAUAAAUUCCAUGGCGAAGAAGAUAAUGUUAGAGAGGGAGAAAAUUAAGGAACAGUACGGACAAGACUGGGAAAAAAUGACCCCGAAUGAGCAGGAUUCGGCCAUCGAUAAUGGAAUGAUGGAUCCUCAAAUCAGAGCUAGAUAUGCUAUGCACAGGGUGGAACGGGAAGACAUUGUGUGUUAUCCGAAGUUGCUCAUCCAAACAGGCCAGAAAAUCGUACACUUUGGGGAAGAGGACAUAACUUGGCAAGAUGAACACUCGGCGCCGUUUUCUUGGGAAACUAAGAGCCAGCUGGAUUUCAGCCUCAGUUCAACAGCAGUUCCAGAGCAGGGGAGCACCUCCUCACAGUCAGAGUCUAAUGUUAAGCCAAACAAAAUCUCUCAGAGCAGCCAACUGGCCAAGGUCUCCCAAAACGUGAAGGUUUCCAAUGGUGAAAGCCUGGGCAGAAAGGAGGAAGAGUCCUCGUUCUGGAAGUUCAGCGCGGAGAGGUCUCGGCUGGAGGGGGAGAAGGCUGACUUUCAGUCCCUUACUCCAAGCCAAAUUAAGUCCCUGGAGAAAGGGGAGAAACCCCUCCCCUCAUACCUGAGGCAGGAGUCGAUCCCGAAGGAGGCCGAGGAGCAGCCGCGAGUGACCAAGCCGCGAGCCCCGAGACCACCGGCGCCACCGCCCCCGGUGCCCGUUAUCGCACCCCCUGCUGCACCCCCUGCUGCAAUUAGCCUGCCGCCAGCAGCGCCUGUCAGCGUGUCGUCCACCGUGGCCGGUUGGGAGCGCGCUCAGAGCACACUGCCCUCCGUCAACACUCUGGAUGACGUCUUCACCCCAGGCCCGCAAACCAAGUCCCCUGCAUUGCCUGGAGCUUCCCCCAAGGAGAGCAAUAAGGCGGAGUCUCCCCUGGCCGACAGUCCAACAUUCUCUCAGUUCAAUACGAGCAACAACAUUCUGAAGACAGGCUUCGACUUCUUGGACAACUGGUAACGAACAGGGACGACAAAGACCCAUCUGAAUGAAUUCAUCAAUUAAUGGACUUCACAAUUCCUCUACAGGCUCUGGAUAGCCAAUGACCGACCCAGCUUGGCUUCUUUUACCCCCGCAUCUGUUAGAAUAUUGCUGUCCACAAAUGCUUUUAGUUUUGCUUCCACUGAAAAAGUUGCCCUCCCUCUCGUUACAUUCGUUUACCUACAAGCACAAUUUAUACAAGCACUAAAAGUGAGAUGUUUAGAUAAAACGGCAUGUUUUUAAAAAUCGAUUCAUAUUCUUUGAAAUGUAGCUCUGCAUCCAUUUUACACUACCAAAGUACAAAAAAAUAAAAAUUUUACAGCU